AUGACGUUUUCUGUCUGUGCUGGUUGUAAUGAAUCUAUACAAGAUCAAUGGAUAUAUGAAGUAUUAGAUCGUCUUUGGCAUGGUCAUUGUAUACGAUGUGUUGAUUGUGAUCAAUUAUUAACAGAAAAAUGUUAUACACGUGAUGGAAAACUUUAUUGUCACAGAGAUUUUUAUAGACGUUAUUGGUGUCGUCGUUGUUCAGGUUGUUUACAAGAAAUUAGUCAAGGUGAAUAUUAUUUAAGUGCAUGGGACCAAUUGUAUCAUUGGGAUUGUUAUAAAUGUUGUUUAUGUUUACGUAAAGUGAAUACAGGCGAAGAAAUUCAUUUAACACAUGAUAAUCGUUUUAUAUGUAAAGAAGAUUUUACUGCUCGAAUGAAAUGUCAAGAUGAAUUUGAAAAUGAUAGUAAAAUAAAAAGUGAACAUGAUUAUGAUAAAGAAAAUUCUUCAUUUAAAUCACAACAAAUUCAACCACCAACAUCUACACCAAAUUCAAAUAUAAGUUCAUCGGAUUGUUUAAAAGAAGAAGAUGGUGAUACACAUAUGUCGGAUUGUUCAAUAGAUUGUAAAGAUGAUGAUCAAAUAUGUUUAACAAAUACAAAUAAUAAUAAUAAUUCUUCAAGUACUUGUUCAUCAUCAUCAUAUCAUCAAAAAAAAUCUAAUCUUGAUAAUACAGAUAAUGGAAAUUCUAAUGGACCUAAAAAACGUGGUCCAAGAACGACAAUUAAAACAAAACAACUUGAACAAUUAAAAUCAGCAUUUGCAGCAACACCGAAACCAACACGACAUAUACGAGAAGAAUUAGCACGUGAAACAGGAUUAGCUAUGCGUGUUAUACAAGUAUGGUUUCAAAAUCGUCGAUCGAAAGAACGACGUAUUAAACAAUCAAUUACAUGUGGUGGAUCACGUCGACAUUAUUAUCGACGUGUUACAUCAGGUAGACCAUUUGAUGAUGAAAUAAUUCCACAUCCUGGUUUAAAUUAUAUACCAGAAGGAUUUCAAGGAGAUUUUAUGUAUCAACGACCACCAACAACUACACAGAAUUAUACGGAUUUUAUGAUGCAACAAGAAUUACAAAGACUUAAUUAUGGAUCAACUGGUGAUUUAUCCUAUUCUAUGCAUCAUGAAUCAGUGACAGUACCGGAUUCUUCGGGUGGUGAUUCAGAUGAUUUACAACAACGUUUUAGUGCAACACCACCUCUACCUCCACAAGUAGUUACAACUGGAGGAAGUGCCUUUAACGAUCAUUCAUGGAAUUAA